CGCAUUGAGAAAAUAGUCCGCGCUCGAGAAAAUACGACGAUCGCGUCGGAGAAACUUGACACUCGUGACAGUGGUUUGACGACGUACACGGGUACUUGCAGCGGUCGUUGUACGCCGCAUCGUCUGGCUUUCGGAGAAGCGGAGGAACAGAAGCUGGAAAUUUCUCACGUUGGAGGAGCGGACAGGGUAGCGGUCGGUGCGUAGUAGGCGCGAGAUAAUCAAAGGGCGCGGAUAUCACUGCGCGGCACGUUGUGGAAGGAAGCAGAAACCGAGCACUGGCAGGAAGUGGGUAGAAGGGGGGUACGUCGUCGAGCCAGUUGAAUCGGUGGUGGCUACAUGUGGCUGUCCGCCGGUCGCGACCAAGAGACGUUUCCUAUCAGGGCAUAAGAGUUUACGAGAAGCAGCACACGGUAAUCGUCGAUAAACAGCCGCAAUCAUGCAGAUGGACUCAAUGGCGGUGCAACUGAUCCAGGUCCUCGAGAGGACCGUCUCGUCAGACAAAAAUCAGCUGGAAGCUGCUCAAGAUUUCUUGCAGCAAGCAGCACAAACUAAUCUCCAUGCAUUUAUGCAACAACUCAGUGCCGUGCUGGUUACAGCCGCAGCAACUCCUGUUGCCCGUAUGGCAGCAGGUCUGCAACUCAAAAACCAACUCACAUCCAAAGACCCCCAGUUGAAGUACCAGUAUCAGCAGCGCUGGUUGGCAAUUCCAGUUGAAAUCAGGGAAUUUAUUAAGAAAAAUAUCUUGGGAGCUCUUGGGACAGAGAACAACAGGCCAAGUUCAGCGGCCCAAUGCGUAGCAUACGUCGCUGUCGCCGAGUUGCCUGUUGGUCAAUGGGGUAAUAUAAUUCAGUUACUAGUCCAGAAUGUCGCUAAUCCGAGCAGUACCGAAAUAAUGAAGGAGGCAACGCUAGAGGCCAUUGGAUACAUUUGUCAGGAAAUCGAAAGCGAUGUUUUGGUACCUCAGUCUAAUCAAAUUCUCACAGCGAUCAUUCACGGCAUGCAGGGAUCUAGUACUUCGCAUAACGUUCGUUUCGCCGCUACAAGCGCAUUGUAUAAUUCUUUAGAAUUUACCAAAGGAAAUUUCGAGAUAGAGAGGGAGAGAAACUUUAUUAUGGAGGUAGUAUGCGAAGCGACACAGUCGUUGAACACUCAGAUCAAAGUAGCCGCUUUACAGUGUCUUGUAAAAAUUAUGUCUUUAUAUUAUCAAUACAUGGAGCCCUACAUGGCCCCGGCUCUCUUUCCUAUUACUUUGGAAGCCAUGAAAUCGGAUAUCGAUGAGGUCGCACUGCAAGGAAUUGAGUUCUGGUCGAACGUUUCCGACGAGGAGGUCGACCUAUCCAUGGAGGAGGGUGAGGCAUCGGAUGGGGGCAGACCACCUGUUAAGGUGUCGAGGCAUUACGCGAAGGGUGCUCUGCAAUUCUUGGUACCUGUCUUAAUGAAGAAGCUUACCAAGCAAGAGGAGUUCGACGACGAAGACGAUUGGAAUCCUUCGAAAGCAGCCGGAGUGUGUUUGAUGUUAUUGUCUUCUUGCUGCGAGGAGGCUAUCGUUCCACAUGUUCUUCCAUUUGUCAAGGACAACAUAAAGAGCGCGGACUGGAGGUACCGGGACGCCGCGUUAAUGGCAUUCGGUUCGGUCCUGGGCGGUUUGGACCCUGGAACGGUCAAACCGCUGGUAGAACAGGCCAUGCCGACCUUGAUCGAGUUGAUGUACGACGGCAGCGUGGCUGUAAGAGACACAGCGGCCUGGACAUUCGGUCGUAUUUGCGAUAUCAUACCGGAGGCAGUGAUCAACGAGACAUACUUGAAGCCCCUGCUGGAAGCGCUGUUAAACGGCUUGAAGGCGGAGCCACGCGUGGCAGCAAACGUUUGCUGGGCAUUCACGGGGCUAGCAGAGGCCAGCUACGAGUCUGCUGAGAGCUCGGAACACGGAGAUCAGCCAGACACAUACUGCAUGUCCCAGUACUUCGAUUACAUCGUUCAGAGAUUGUUGGAGACCACGGAUCGACCGGACGGGGCCCAGGCGAACUUGAGGUCGGCGGCCUACGAGGCCUUGAUGGAGAUGGUGAAGAACUCGCCCCGCGAUUGUUACGUGACCGUGCAGAAGACGACGAUGGUGAUCCUGGAGAGGUUGCAGCAGGUACUGCAAAUGGAAUCGCAUAUCCAGACCCAUUCGGAUCGAGCUCAAUACAACGAUCUGCAGUCACUGCUCUGCGCCACCCUGCAAUCUGUGCUUCGCAAGGUCACCCCGGAGGACGCUCCUCAGAUAUCCGAUGUGAUCAUGAUGGCUUUGCUGUCCAUGUUCAACUCGAACUCUUGCAAGACCGAAGGUGUGCAAGAGGACGCCCUGAUGGCUGUGUCCACCUUGGUGGAGGUGCUGGGCGAAGGGUUCCUCAAGUACAUGGACCCGUUCAAGCCAUAUCUCGUCCUCGGGCUGAAGAACCACGCCGAAUAUCAGGUGUGCUGCACCGCCGUUGGUCUGACCGGUGACAUCUGCCGGGCUUUGAAGAACAAGAUGUUUCCCUACUGCGACGAGAUCAUGACGUUGCUGUUAGAGAACCUUGGCAACAACACGGUCCACCGGUCCGUGAAGCCUCAGAUAUUCUCGGUAUUCGGCGACGUCGCUCUCAGCAUCGGUCCCGAGUUCAAGAAGUACUUGGACGUUGUCCUGCAAACUCUAGCGCAAGCAUCCCAGGCUACCGUCGACAGGAGCGACUACGACAUGAUUGAUUAUCUGAACGAGCUCCGAGAGGGUGUCCUCGAGGCCUACACCGGCAUCGUUCAAGGCCUCAGGGGCGAUGGAACGAACCUCUGCUCGGACACGGCGGUAACACUCGUGGAACCGCACGUUCCCUUCAUCAUACAGUUCAUCACGUCGAUAGCUCAAGACCGCGAGCACUCGGAAGGUAAUAUCACGGCCUCUGUAGGUCUACUGGGUGACCUGGUCAUCGCCUUCGGGGCGAAACUGUUGCCGAUCGUGGAGACCAAACCGCUCACCGAUCUUCUGGAAAAGGCAAAACGAUCGCGCAAUCAGAAGACAAAGGCUUUGGCUAUGUGGGCGUCCAAAGAAGUUCGGAAACACCACAUCGCUGCCAAUUCGACGUCCAGUUGAUCACCCCACGGUUGUACUGUCGUGCAAUUUGAUUUGACUAGAAAGCUAUCAAACACAAUACAAAGACAACAAGAUUGGAUGGUGCGGAUGCGAGUUGAUGGAUGUGCGUGAGCGUUCCGAAGCGAUGACGAUGAUGCGGUGAUGAUGAGUCUGCACGUGUCCCUGUCUGGCGACGGUAUAUUCCGAGUACCGGCGCACAGAGCGCAGCCCAUUGGUCGAGAUUUCAAAAACAUAAAAAAAAAAACGCAUAACAUAACACGAGAGAAAUAAGAGUUACGCAAGUGAGAAAGAUAACGAAUAUAAUAAUGAAUAAUACCUGUCUGCCUGCCGGAUGCCGAGAAAAACCACGGAUGAUGAGGAGUGCAAGUGGAUAUGUUGCCGAUGAAUGAAGGCCAAGGCCGAAGCCUGCCCGAGAUGUUCCGGUGAUGCAAGUAUGCCUGAUAACGAGCCUGGGGCUUCUACCCGCGUGAUUGAGAAGUUGCACCUGAGGGAAGGACGACCUCGAUGGACGGUGAUCGUGGCCAGUGAGAAAGAGAGAGUGAGAAUGAGAGAGAGAGAGAAAGAGAGCGCGCGAUGGAGAGAAAGUGAUGCGAGAGGAACGCGAGAGAAUGAGAGUGAGACACACCAGUACAGGGAGACCAAGGAGAGACUGCGGAGCCUGAUGACGUUGAUGAUGAGGAUGAUGAUGAUGAUGAGCGUCUGGGAGCAAUUGAACGGGAGAAUGUUUCUUUUUCCAUGUUCUUUCAGUUGUUCAUUCUUUUUCUAGGAGAAACACAGACAAUGUAUGUAUGCGUGAGAGGGAGAGAGAAAAAAUAAUACCAAGAGAAGAAUGGUAGCGAGAGAGUGUUGUACAAAUAAAGAAUCGUUGUCACCGUUGAAAGAGGACGUGUUCGAGUGAUGAGAGAAAGUAAAUUAUGUUGAUCACGUCGCGAGGCUAAAGCUCGCGAACGUUGUACAGCGUGUUUCCGUGACUUUUUUCCCCGAUUUCUCGCUCGAACGAUCGCCAUUGCUCGUUGGAGGAAUCUACGGGAACGACAUGGUCGUCUGUCGACCGGUAUGCUUGUUGAGAUACGUGAUAUUCCCAAUUGGGCGAGAGCAAACACUGAUUAUGUAGUUGCUUUUCGGAGUGCUGCUGACUGUCGUACAUGCCGAUGCAACCCGAGUGUUUGUGCGAGAGAGAAAGAAAAAUAGAGAGAGAGAGAGAGCAAGAAUGAAUGAGUUGAAACGAGAGAAAGAGAGAGAUAGAGAGAAAGAGAGCGCGAGAUAGUUAAGGGUAAGAAAGGGAUGAUCGAGUAACUGGCAAUAAAUGGUCAGCUUCGAUGGAACCUUGAUGACCCCUGGUCCGAUCGUGCUGCGCGAGAAUCGAAAUGAAUCAGUUGUAGUAUGACGAUGUGUAUGUUAUUUUUACCCCCCCGUACGUGAAUGUCCGUUGCUGUUGAUUAAUUAAAAUUAAUAUUUUGCUGGCAUAAGUUAUUCAGUUGUACCGGAAGUCCUCGUUCGGCCUGACGAAAGUUCGGAAGGAACCAAAAAAAAAACAAAAAAAUACGACUCAACGAUCGAGACCCCGACUAUCAAAUAAUCCCCAUUUAACAAAUACACGCACACGCACACAGAGAGACACACACGGACACCUGAGAUCCUGCGCGCGCGAACACGUACACACGAUUUCCACGUGGUCACUGUUAUCGUUACCAACGAAAACGAAAACGCGUCGGCUGAGAGCUUUUUGCACUGCCAUUAUCGGGAACGAUAACCGUACAAUUUUUGAGCAUUUUCUUCCUGUCCCACCGAUGCUCGUGGAUCGACCAUAUAAUUAGAGGAUAUCGGUCUUCCGGGCUUCUUGAUCAGGGGGCGGCGAAUAAUCGAACGAUCACGGUGAUCGCGUAAAAUCCAGGGAUGGUGAUUGACAUGAUCUAGUCCGGUAAUCGUGGGCCCACGAUUGGUCCGAGGUGAGAAUCAAAUUGAUAGACGAAUUAACCGAGACUCGGACAUUUUGGAUUAGAUCAUCUCAAACCUGUCUCGAGCGAGAAGAGCCCCUUCUUCCGUGGAGCGACGUCGCGUCGCGGGAUGUGCCGGAAGGAAAUCCGGGACGUCCCGAGGACAUCCGAGAUCACAACAAGUUUCUAUUCUAUUGUGGCCGGGGCUCUGCCUGCUCGAGGCUUAGACCGUCGCGAUAUUUAGCAACAUUUUACACGAAAGAUUAACCGGACGGUCGGCCACUCUAAUAAUAUAAAACGACGUUGCGUCACGUGGCUCGAAACGUGGCUGUGGUAGUGCCAUGCAUUCCAAAUACUUUGCCAGCACACACAUAUAUACACAAAUAUAUAUAUACAUACACACACAUACAUACUCUGUGACUGAACACAUUCGAGAUUUCGAUCGUUUCGUAGCGAUUCAAUUCUUCUACGUUUUUCUCUGUUUUUCGGGGAACCGCCUCGUUCCGUGUGACAUGCUCGUACAGAAAACUCUCACACAAUCACACACCGAUAAGAACGCGCGCGCGCGCGCGUGUUCAGAACGCGGUUAGAUGGAAAUAUUGUUGCCAGUGUUCAGCAGCCACCGAUAUAUUAUUAUUGGGGGCGGUUCGAAGGGGAAAGAGAAAGCGUGUUUCGAACAGCGAUGGGAUUAAUAUACAAUAAAAGAGUUAUUUACAUCGGCGUGGCGGUGAACGGGCAACCAAAAACAAGAAAUGGGAAAAGGGAAUUGAUUGCGGGACGACUGAACUACAACAUAAAAAAAAGGAAAAAAGAAAAACGAAACGAGAACAAAGAGAAGAGUUUUUAUUAAAUUGAUUAUCUUUUUUACGAUUUUACAUAUCGAGGAUGAAAACAAAGUCUCUGCUCCACGUCUGAGUAUAAAUAAAUAUAUAUACAUAUAUAAUUUUUUUACUGUUACGAUCGAUAUUGCCAAACUUAGCGUGUAAGGGAAACAAGAGGAGAAGAAGUCGAUCUAGUUUUUAAAAAACACAAAACGUUUGACAAACUACAAACACAUAGGGGUUGGGGGAGAGAGUUAGAGAGAGAGAGAGAAAGGAAGAAAUAGAAGUGAAAGAGAGAUAGGGUGAAAUCGUUUUUCGGCGACCCACUGGCUGAUAGACUGGAGCCUAAUAACCUUGAUCUCUUUGCCGUUUCGCGCGAAUUCGCCGCAAUUGUUUCAGCGUGCCGUUCUUCUUUCGAUUUUUUUUUCUGUAUUUGAUUUCCGUUACGGAGGAUCCUCUCGAAAUUUUUCUAACCGACGAAACACACACGGUGUCUUCCACUUUACCGACGAAAUGAACCAUGAAAAACCUCCACCGCAAAUAUAAGACGGAAAGUACGGCUUUUGCUCUGAUACCUAAUCGCGAAUCAGAUACAUAUAUAUAUACAUAUACAUAUAGAGAGAGCGUCACUGUCCUCGCUGAACCCUGCCGAUCCACCGACGAGAAUCGGUCCGAAUCCCGUAAAUAAAUAUAACGAAAAGACAAGAGAAAACAAAAGAUAACGAAGAACCCAAAAAAGAGAAGGAAAAAGAGAAAAAAGAAACGCCGAGGCGAAAAGUAUCCUUUUUAUUUUACAUUCCACGUAGCAGAGAGUAUUGAGGGAAAGAGAGAAAGGGUGAACGAGAUGCGGAAAGGAAGAAUGAGGGAGAGAAAGGUAUACAUAUAUAUAUAUAAAGAGAGAGAGAGAAAGAGUGUUCGAUAAAGAGAGUGAAAGAGAGAAAGAGAAGAACCACGACGGAGAGAGGAGCGCAGUGUUUUUCGCAGAUCUGAUAACGGGACUCUCUCGCUCGCGAUUCCGACUCGCAAAACAAUUAUAUUUAUUAUCUCGCACCGAAUCUUUCGCUGCAUUUUGGAUAAUCGAAAAACUUCGAAUAUCCACCGCGCAACGAACUCUCGAACAGCGUUCCCUUUUAGGAACCGGUUGACUUCAAAACUACGAUCUAAAUUUGACUUCGUUGCUUAAGCGUUUGCAAAAUUCGUGGCUGUUGCAUAUCUAUCGGCGGAAACGUGGGUUUGUUAAUUUUUGUUUAUAGGAAAUGUUGAUACAGAAAACUGCAAACUUCGACACUGUAAGUGGCUUCGAUAGAUUGGCGUUUUGGAAGCUUUAUAUAUAUAUAUCUACGAGUAUUUCGUAUCUGGUGCACAUUCCUUUAACACUCGAACGGCGGACCUAUUCGAUAAAAAUAUAAUCGAAUACGUUUCGAAUUGCGUUUAAAAAUGUAUUUAUCAUUUCCGACGUGUUUUCGAGGUGUUCCUUUUAGACACGUUGUGUUCCAUAGACCUCGCGAUUAAAUUUGUGAACAUUUAAAUUCAUUGUACGAUAAUAUCCAGGCAAAUAAUAUAUUUUUUCUUGGUAUGAAAAUGGAUCUGUUAACUAGCAGAUUUUUCGAUGAUCUGCGUUUAAUCCGGCUGCUAGAGGAUCGAAGCUAGAUUGUCCGAGGAUGCAGCGGAAGGAUGAAACUGGUCGCGAAUCGCGUAAUCGGGUGCGAGCCAGUUAGUUCGAGAGAGGAGAGAGAGAGAGAGAGAGAGAGAUCGCGAAGAAGAUUGCGCGUGUCGUGGAAACGUGGAAGAUUGGAGGCGAUGAAACUAGGAAACGAAACGCCGGUCGUGCCGUGAACGAAGUGAGAGCUAAGUGAGGCGAAUACAACGUGAAUAAAGAGAGAGAGAGAAAGAGGGAGAGAAUGUGUGAGAGAGAGAGAAAGAGUGAGCGAGAAGAAAAUUAUAUUAUAUACGCGACUGUGAUCUUUUGGAGAGACUCUCGUGUGCGAGGGGUCGAUGUUCUACCUUGAAAGGCGGCGCGGCUGUUCCCGGCGGUUCUCGCCGGUCCUCCGAGCAUGAUCUCUUAAUCCUCGAAGAUCGUCGACAAAAAAAAAAAAAUCCUCGUGAUCCCGAGCGCUGACAAUUUCGCUCCUCCGACGGUAAUUAUUUUUGUCUAUUCACUGGCGAGACGUGGCGAGUGGUCACGCACUCGGGCUAGCCUAACGCGCACACUAAUCGUUGCUCGGGGUCAUCGAGACUUUCCUAAAUGAUUCGCGGAGAUGCCAAGGUGCUGAACACACACGUUCGCCGCGACUGGCCGCGUGAGCUCGGCCGGGGGACCCCGUUGUAGUCCCGGGAGACCAAAAACCUUGCACCUGUUUCUCAUUCGGUUUAUUCUUUCGGGGGAAUCGCUCGCGGCAACGAUGCACGCGUACGGAAUCGGAAUUUUCUGCGCCGACUAGAGCGUUCACACAACGAUUCUCAAUUGCAUUUAGGACGUCCACGUUCAGUUGGAACGUCACGGGAUUUUUCGAGGGGCGCGCGAUCCAAGGGAAAGCGAACACCGUCGAGGAGACGGUUCUCCGCGCACCCUUGGCCCAUCGGUCCGCCGAAUUUCUCGGGGAAACAUCCGAACGUGUGCGCGACCGGCAAUCUGGCAGAUGCUCGAUCGCGCGAUUCUGGCGAGUCCCGGAUCACAUUUCUGCCAGAUUGAUAGCGGUUUCGACGUUCGCGGCACGACGGAAUUCGGCGCGCGAGGGUCACGCGGAAUCGGAUCUGCUAGCAGUCUCGAAGGACGACGAGGAUCGACGGUGUUUCGGUGCUCGGACGCGCGUCGUGUCACGGGAUUUCGCUUCACACGUUAAGACAUAUCAAAAAAAUCGUAGGGGGACAACGCGAUCUCCGCGCAUCGUGCGGGCUCACGCCGGCGGCACGCGGACGCGUGAACUUUUUUUUCGCACCUGCGGAGGACCGCCGGAGCCGCGCUCCCCGGAUGAAAAAACUCACACACACACGAUAAUACUUUAUCGAACUAUUAGUUGUUAGCCUUUUCAUCGUCGAGACUCCUAGAGUGCGUGCGAUGCUUCAUAGGGAACGUACGUGAGAGCGUAAUUAAGUAUAUGUAUAAGCAUUAUUAAAAUAAAAGAGAGAGCGACGGGAGGAGGGAGGAGCGUGUGCAUAUUACGCUGUAUCAGUGAUGAUGUGCGCUGUUGAACGUGUAAGAAGUCACGAUUAUACCGAUGAUAACGGUGUGCUCCGUGGGUUGCGAGAGCGAACGAGAGCGAGCAGGAGAGAACGUGAGAGAGAAAGAGAGAAAGAACGUGAGAGAGAAAGAAAGAUAGACGGGACGAAGAGCAACAAAACAGAGAGAGUACGUAUGACUGCUAAUGUGUGCGAGCGAGCGCGCGCGCGAGAAAGAGAGAGAGAGAGAUAAGGGGAGUUAGAAUAAGAGUGAAACAGAGAGAAAGGGAGAGUCUGCGAAGAAUGACGUCGAGGAGUUGGCUCGUGAUUCGUCGUGAAUCGCGGCGUCACUAUUCACGGGGGAUGGGAAUUUGUAAAGUGAAAAGUACAUGAUAAAAACCGGGGGUAAAAUGACGAAGAUAUAAAACAAAAAACGAAGAGGAAGAUGCAAAACGAGGCAAAGAAUGGAAAUAAACAAAAAAAAAAGAAACAAAGUUAUAUAAAUUUUGUAUCGUGACGCGGUCUGAAGUUCGGAGAGCUGUCCGCGAUCGGGAUCCUGAUCCGUGCGGCGGUCACUGAAAUCUUUUAAGCAAUUUAUAGGAAGACAGAGAACAGAUACUCGCACUAAAGUAUAAAGCAAAAGAGAACGGGCAGCAGAGAAGAAGGAAAGAGAGAAACCGAAAAAAUGGUGAAAAGAUAAAAGCAGAACACGAUGUUAUUUUUCGAGAGAUUUCAGCGACACCGCCGGACUCUGCUGCUGCUGCUGCUGCUGCCGCCGCUGCUGCUGCUGUUGCUGCUGCUGCUGCUGCUGCCGCUGCACGCAGUUUUCUCCUUUCUUCCGAUAUCUCUCGCGAGACCGCGGUGCCGUUGUACGUACGAGACAAUAUUUUCGAUAAUAUUUUUUAAACGAUCGAGUCGCGAAACACGAGGCCAACGCGUAGAGCUGUUGUGUUGUUCCAAAGCGUCAGAGGAGAAAAAGUUGCACGGUAAUGGGGGGACAAACAAAAAAAAAAGCGUGGAUGAUCGAUGCCCGCGCGAGAACGCCUACUACGUGUAUACAUGUGCGUGUGUAUGGAUGUGGUGAUCCUCUGAUAUUUUUCUUCGAUUAUAUUUCGAGCGGAUCGAUCGCCAUUGCCGUGCAUUAUAUCCGUGCGAUUCAAAGCAGAUAACUAGCGAAGAAAAGCAAACACAAACAAACAAACAACAAAAAAAAAUCGAAAACAUAAAAUAGCAAAUAGCAAAAAAAAUACAAAAAAAGGGAGAGAAAGAGAGAGAGAGCGAGAGUGAGACAAAUGAAGAGAGGGGUGAAAAGAGGGAAGACAAGAGCGUGUGAGAAGAUUGAAUUUUUUGUGGAGAUGCGGAUAUAAAGAGAGAGAGAGAGAGAAAACGAUAGAGCGAGAGAAAGAGUGAGAGAGAAAGAAUGCUGCUGUCGAGUGCUGCCGAUCGACGAUCGGGCCAACGAUUUAUGAUUUACGCAUGCGAACAAUUCGGACUAUAAUACGUGGGGCUGAAACAAGCGAGAGAAAGAGAGAACGCGACAAAAAGUAAUCAUAAUAAACGACGAGUGUUGGAUGAUGGAGUUCUGUUUAGCCUGCGAUAUGUAAUUUGCUCACCCUCUCCAAUCUUUUCCCCCGCAGCUCGAUUACUCACAUCGAAAAUCGCCCUUCUAAUCGGGAUCUUCAAAAUGAAAGAGAAAUCUAACGAAACGAUCAAGGCCUACUCUCGUAUCGUUCGAUUAUCCGAAAUUGAACAGCGACGAUCGAAAGAGGGCUAUAAAACACCCUAAAAUUCGACCCUAGACCAUUCGAAAAUACCUUCCCAUUGUAGUAAAUACAGCGUAAUUUAAUUUACCGCGCCAUUGGCCAGAGUAUCGUUCCCUUAGGGAACUUGAAAAUGGCUGGCCCUGGUUGCAGCGAUUUUUCGAGCUAGCAAUUGACUCGCUUUCGAAGCAUUUUCAUAGAUCAUUCUUAUUUUAACCUCUGACAAUGAAUGAGAAAACUUUAAGUAAGGGUUCAACUAUCGUUAAACAUCGCCGUGGAAGACCAGCAACGUCUGCCACCGUUUUAGCAAUCUCUGAUUCGAAUCGAUUAUUUUCCGAUUGGAAUAGUCGGCCGCUUUCGAUCGCCGCAUGAAAAUCGCGAUCGCCAAGAAGAUGCCUCUCGAUGCACUCGACAGAUUAUUUUUCCUAUCGAUACGAGAUCGAGGUGUUACAUGGGGGUGUGUGUAUGCUCAAAAAAAGAAAGAAGAAGAAAAACUCACUCUAUACCGGAGCUUUAUUUUGUUAGAACAAACGAGAGACGAUUCCGGGGUCAGGCGAUUUCGCGUGAAAUCGUAUAAACAGGAGAGGGUGCGGCACACCUCGUGGUGUCUAAUCGUGUUUCUGCACGUUUCCUUUUUCGGUUUUUGCUGCGUCAGAGUCGUGUGGUCCUGCGAGGAGCCUGUGUUCAUUGUGAAAGAUUUCCAAAUGACAACGACUAUGUGACUUCGGCUGUAUCGCUUGAAUCUGUGUGGCAGAGAGCGAUCGUGGAGUGACUGGGGGAGAGUGGCGAAUCCCUUUGGAGAGAACAAGUGUGCUCGAAGUACGUGUAUGAUCGGUCACAUUAAUGCCCGGAGUAAAACGAGGAAGAUAAUAAAGGGACGGAAGAAUCGGCGCGGGGGGAAAAAAACGCGAAUCGCGUAAAAUUCAAAGGUCGCCCGAGCGAAACGAUCGGAUUCGCGGCGUUUUCUUCCUUUCUUUUUUUUCGUGUUCCAUUUCUCCCGUCCUUCUUCCACAUUCGGCCAAUUGAAUCGCUUUAUCUCUCGGACACGCUCGAAUCUGUUUACGAGCGGCCGAUCGGUUCUCGCGUGAACAUUAAUGUGGCUGGCUGUACUCCUCACUGUGUGCAAGAAACACCGAUUAAUUGUGAAUCGCCAAGCGACUGUGCCAUACGAUAUCAUUUCGACUUGCUAAUUAACGUCGCAACUUCGAUUCGUCGUCCCGACAGAAACGGAAACGAAAAGAAGAACAUUGGAAAUCCGUAAACGCGAGAAAAAACUGUAAAUCGACGCGUCUCGUUUGCCGAUUCGAGAUGAAAACGAGACGAUUCCACGUUCGAACGGCAUAUAAAAUCGGCUGGAACGCGAAUUGCUUCCUCACGAUUGUUCACGCUGAAUUCUUUCGUUCCUUUUUCUGUUUCGCGAGAACCUAACAAAACAGAAGCAAACACACAUAUACACACAGAACAGAAAACAAAAUUCGAACAAUCGAGAAAAAGAUGAAAAAAAGCAACCGAGAUAAUUGACCGUGAAUAAAAUCCAAUUUGAAUCUGUA